AUGAACUUAAUGGACGCCAUCAUCGUGCUGGUAUCUGGGGUGAUCUUUGGCUGGGUAUUCCCUCUGAUCGCCUGGAUUUCUGGCCAGGACAUCAGCGCAGGCUUUCUGCGAACGAUCUCGGUUUUGCGUGCCAUGCGACUGCUGCGAAUUGUGCGGGUCAUACAGCGCAUGCCGAUGUUCAGAGAAGUUUGGCUUCUCCUGCGCGGUCUGACCAGCUCUCUGCGGACGUUGGUGUGGACGGUGGCGGUGAUUUUUGUCCUCACCUAUUUGUUCGCCAUCUUGGGCUGCUGGCUCAUUGGUGCAGAGAUGAAGAAUGCCAUGGACAGCAUCACCGAUCAGGUAGAGCUGGAUGAGCUAUUGGCGACCUAUAAGUAUGUCAAGGGCAUUGCCCCACUGAUGCAGCUUUUGAUCCAGUUUCUCACUUUGGACUCCUGGAAUCAUAAGAUGGAGCGGAUCAUGGAGUAUGCACCCUGGUGCUUGGGCUACUUCUACACCUACAUUGCUGUAGCAGUCUUCGUGCUCAUGAACCUGGUUACCGCCAUCAUCGUGGAGAACGCCAUGUCAGCGUCCAAGAUGGACGAAGACCAGCGCCUCAAGCAGAUGGAGGACCUGAAGCGGAAGGAGCUCAAGGAGCUUGAGCACCUCUUCUACCUCAUGGAUGCCGAUGGCGACGGUACGCUUGAUUGGGAGGAGUUUGAGAACGCCUUCAUGGACGAAGACAUGAGCAGGAAGUGGCGACUUUUGGACUUCCAGCCUGAGGAGUGCAAGGAGCUGUUUGACCUUCUUGAUGAUGGGGACGGAGGCAUCGAGACCAAGGAGUUCUUUCAUGGGCUCGCGCGCAUGAAAGGAGGUGCGCAGUCCAGAGAUCUGAUCAGGGUGGCGCAGAAAGUGGACAGGUUGGGCAGGGACGUCAGCAGCUUGGUCCAAGCGUUCUGCUUGGGCUGCGCAGCCGGCAGCAUUUCUGGAUCCGAGACCUUAGGAAAUCCCGUGUCGGGUGCGGAUGCUCGCUUCAUACAAGUCCGACCUGAGACGCCAGGUGGGCGCCGCAUGUCGGUGGCAAUACGGCCGGGCCGCAGAGAGCAAAGAUCCGGCAGUGACAUUGAUGCCAUAGGCCCGAAGAAUGGCGGCAAGUCACCCAAGUCUCCGAAGGUGGGAUUGGAAGAGGCCAAGCGUCGCAUGGCAAGCAUGGGCCGAGAUGCCGUUGAGAAGGGCUACGGCUCCGAGGCCUCGGGAUACUCAGGAUCAGCAGUCUCGGGCGCCUCCGCACUCUCAGAUUCGCGCUGA